CAAAUACCCUAUCCAAAACAUAGCUGCCUCACCAUUAAAACCGAGUCGGUCCACGGUUUGAUCUGCUUUCAGAGAGGAACAAAACCUACAGUUUGGAACCCUACUAUGAGAAAGUUCAAACCUUUAUGCAAACCGGACAAGAGCUGGGAGAGUUUAAUUGUCUUUUUAGGGUAUGAUCCAGUCGAACGUAAGCACAAAGUAGUGUCCAUGACUUGUGAUCAAGCUUCUGAUGAGUGUCGUGUUUUAACGUUGGGAUCAGAUCAAGAAUCAUGGAGAACGGUCAAAACCAACUAUAAGCAUCUCCCUUUCCGUGGCAAGCGCAAAGACAAUUAUGGACCAUGCAGAUGCAUCAACGGUGUUCUAUAUUAUCAAGCAGAGAUUGGUCCUCAUCUGGUUAUAAUGAGUUUUGACGUAAAAUCUGAAAAGUUCCAUGCGAUAAGAUUACCAUGGGAUGAUGAGUUUUCGCCAAAGAUGAUGAUAUCUUAUAAAGGGAAGUUAGCUUAUCUCGGUCAUUCCGAUGGGAAGAAUAGUCUUCUCAUGUGGGUUUUAGAGGAUGCAAAGAAGGGUGAAUGGUCGACUUACAACUUUUUACCUCUUUCUCACUAUGAUCGGAGUUCAGAGACCCAUUUCAAGCUAAUAGCCGUCGAGACAAACUUCAGAUUCCGUCUCUUGAUUCCCACUUCCACUUUCACCCUCCUCCUCCUUCUUCCUCCGACGGCGGCGGUGGCGUCUUUCCUCUCGCCGAUUCCAAUUUCCUUGCAGCCGGUGGCUUUCACUAGAUUCUCCAGAGGAUUAGAAGGAGCAAUCUUCAGAUCUGGACUACCAGACCACCGGCCGGAGAAAGAAGAGAGGUAUUAUACGACGAGAGGUGUAGUUGAUAGCAUUGGGAAAGUUUGUUUAGAUGAAAACAACAAUGGAGAAGAUGGCAACAACAAGGAAGAGAGUAUGUGGCCUAAGUUGUUUACAACAUUAUCAAACAAAGAGAAAGAAGAAGAUUUUAUGGCUAUGAAAGGUUGCAAACCUUCACAUAGGCCUAAGAAGAGUGCCAAACUCAUCCAAAGAAGCUUACUUUUGGUGAGUCCUGGAACAUGGUUGGCUGAUUUGUGCCUAGAUAGAUAUGAUGUUAGGGUGAAGAAGAGCUCUAAGAAGAGGCGAGCCAGAGGGCUAAAAGCUAUGGGAAAUAUGGAGACUGAUUCAGAUUGAGAUGUUACAUAGAUACGGAAGAUUUUGUUUGUUCGUCACGGUUUGGAUUGUUGUGUGGAGGGAAGAUUAGUUUUGAGAGGAUGAAGAAGUAGAUGAGUGUGAGGAUCGUGAAUAUGAAAUCUUGGAUUGUUACGAGACC